AAACCCUCUUUUUCAACACCACCAAACCCUCAUUCAUCUCCCCAUUCUCCCAAUACAAUCAAGAAAACAAAAAAAUUCUUUCAAAAAAACAUAUUCUUGAAGUUUCAUUCUUGUUUCUUGUGGAAAAACUGUAUUUUCUGAGCUAAAAAAAACUACAAAAUGACUGCUGCUGUUGAGGUUAAAGUUGAGGAAACUCAGGUUGCUGUUGAUACUGAGGUGGCUAUGGUCAUUCCUCAAGAAAAUACCAAAAAUGUUGUGGUUGAUGAGACCAAGAAAGGGGAUGAUGAUGCUGAUCAAGUGAUGAAUGGUGAUACUGAUUCCAAGCCAGCAACAGUUCAAAAGAGCUCUUCUUAUAGGGAAGAGAGUAAUUUUCUUUCUGAUCUCAAGGAGUUUGAGAAAAAGGCUCUCACUGAGCUUAAGUCGAAGCUCGAAGAAGCGAUUCUUGGAAAUAAUAUGUUCAAGAAAGAUGAACCGAAAAAGAAAGAGAUCGAAAAGGCCGAAAAAUCUGUGAAAGAAGAAGAAACUGAGACUAAAGAUCAGGAAAUUGAAAAGAAUCAAGAACUCGAAGAAGAGAUGAAAAAACCCGAUGAGGAGGUCCAAGAAGAGACGAAAAAACCCGAUGAGGAGGUCGAAGAAGUAGUGGUAGUAGACAAAGAUGUUUCUAUUUAUGGAGUUCCAUUGUUACCAAGCAAAGGAUCAGAAGCAACAGAUGUGAUUCUGUUGAAGUUCUUGAGAGCAAGAGACUUCAAAGUUAAUGAAGCAUUUGAGAUGCUAAAGAAGACCCUUCAAUGGCGAAAAGAUUCGAACAUUGAUUCAAUCUUGGAGGAGGAUUUAGAUCUUGAUUUAACCUCAGCAUUUCACAUGAACGGCGUAGAUCGCGAAGGUCACCCCGUUUGUUACAACAUUUACAGUGCCUUUUCUGAUGAAGAACUUUACUCCAAGGCAUUUGGUGAUGAGCAAAAACGCAAGAAGUUCUUGAGAUGGAGAGUUCAGUUGAUGGAGAAGGGUAUUCAGAAUCUUGAUUUGAAACCUGGUGGUGUUACCUCUUUGCUUCAGAUUAAUGAUCUGAAAAACUCUCCUGCUCCUUCUAAGAAAGAUCUGAGGGUUGCUAUGAGCCAGGCCGUUUCGCUUUUGCAGGACAAUUAUCCUGAAUUUGUUGCUAGAAAUAUAUUCAUAAAUGUUCCAUUUUGGUAUUAUGCUUUGAAUGCAUUGUUAUCUCCGUUCUUGACACAAAGAAGCAAGAGCAAGUUUGUUAUAACUCGCCCUGCUAAGGUCACGGAGACCUUACUCAAGUACAUUCCGGCUCAGGAAAUCCCUAUUCAAUACGGGGGAUUUAAGAGGGAGAAUGAUUUCGAGUUCUUCCCCGGAGAUGACGAAGUUUCCGAGCUUAUAGUCAAACCAGGAACAACAGAAACCAUUGAGAUCUCUUCACCAGAGGCUGGAGGCAUACUGAUAUGGGAUGUGACAAUCUUAGGAUGGGAAGUGAAUUGCAAGGAGGAAUUCGUACCAAAUGAUGAAGGAUCUUACACUGUCAUAAUCCAAAACAAGAAGAAAAUGAGCUCGUCCGAAAAACCGAUUCGCAAUACUUUCACCAACAAUGAGGCUGGAAAAGUAGUGCUGACAAUUGAGAAUAGUUCAAGCAAAAAGAAGAGAGUUCUGUAUCGUUACAAGACCAAGAAGAGUGUUGCCUGAUUAUGAAAUGAUCGGUUUAUUAUGAUUGUAUUCAGUUUUCAUAGUUUUGUUUGUUAUGACAUUCUUUAUAGUAUUAUUAUUUCAUUGAUUGAUUGAUUCUUUUUGAGCAGGGUCCUCUGUUUUGUUUAAGAAAUAUAUACUACAGUUCUGCAUUUUGUUUC